CGUGGUUCCAUCUUCUCGGACAGGCUUUCCGCCCUCUCUUCUCAAUCCCAGCUCCAGAUCCACUUUCUCACGAGAUUGACUGUUCCAGCCUCGCCAAUUUGGCUAAACUGUCCUUCUUGGUGCACUUCACGGGCAGAAGUCAUUGCCAGCCUUCCUUCUUUUCUCUUCGCGCGCCAAUUAACGCAGCACCAGAUUCUUGGUUCGGUUCUUUUUUUUUUCUUCUUCCUCGAGCGCCGUUACCGCCGCUUCCGAUCUUUCCGCUCUUUUCCCACCGCACAUUGAGUCACGGAAGCGCGCCGAUCUUCGCAGACCCGCCGUGCUUUUCGGACAACAGUGUCAACGGUGCGGCGACAUCUCUCUCUCCUUAACUAGACUGCGCGCAACCGCAGGUUCCGGAAAUCCACCAUGUCCAAGGCCGCAACUGUCAAGGAGGCCGUGAAGGAGACGCUCGUCGGCUCGAAAGAGCCCGAGAAGUUUUCGGCGCAGACAAGGGCGCGCUUCAACCGCCAUGCUGUGAAGGACCCCGAGACCGGAGAAUUGUAUCUCGGCCCGGAGCAAUUCAUCGACGCUAUUGCCCCGCCGCAUGAAGACUACCACAAGAUCAAGCGGGAACAAUACUCGAUCCUGUUCCAUGUUGCCGACCGAACAAACAAGGGCAGGCUGUCGCUCGCCGACUACGGGUACUUCGAGAACCUCCUCAGCAAGCCCGAUGCCGAAUAUGAGAUCGCGUUCCGCCUCUUUGACGUCGAGCGCCUGGGCACCGUGAAGUACGAAGACUUCCGGCGGCUUUACGAACUGAACAAGGGACCCGACAGCAUCCCGUUCGACUGGGACUGCGAGUGGGCAAAACUGUACAUCGGCAGCAAGUCGAACAGGCACAGCUUGAACUACCAGCAAUUCUCACAGAUGCUCCGCGGCUUGCAGGGCGAGCGCGUUCGACAAGCUUUCCAGCGCUUCGACACGGACGGCGACGGGUUCAUUGAGCCGGAAGAGUUUGCGACUAUCAUCCAGCAGACGGCCAGGCAUAAGCUGUCGGACCACCUGCUCGAGAACCUGCACACGCUGUGCAACAUUUCCCAGGGCAGCAAGGUGUCGUACGCCAAUGUCCGAGCGUUCCUGAACAUGAUCAAUGAGAUGGAUCUGGUCGAGCUCAUCGUCCGGCGCGCCUGCUCCAACAGCAAGGACGGCCGCAUCACGAGAACCGAGUUCCUCAACCAGGCUGCUAAAAUCACCCGCUUCUCCCUCUUCACCCCGAUGGAGGCCGAUAUCCUGUUCCACUUUGCCAGCCUGGAUGAGCCGUCGGGAAGACUGGGACUCAAGGACUUCACCAAGGUGUUGGAUGCAGCGUGGCGGCGGCGCGACGAGGAGGACGACGGCCGCGUCGUUCCUGAGGCUCGGUCCACUGGUCAGAAUGUCUUGGCGCAGACCAUGGAGUCGGCGUACAACUUCGCUCUCGGCAGUCUGGCUGGUGCUUUCGGUGCCUUCAUGGUGUACCCGAUCGAUUUGGUCAAGACUCGGAUGCAGAACCAGCGCGGUGCCGAUCCGGGCCAGCGCCUGUACAAGAACUCGAUCGACUGCUUCAAGAAGGUGGUCCGCAACGAAGGUUUCAGAGGCCUGUAUUCGGGUGUCCUCCCCCAGCUUGUCGGUGUCGCGCCAGAGAAAGCCAUCAAGCUUACCGUGAACGACCUUGUCCGCGGGUGGUUCACCGAUAAGCAGGGCAAGAUCCACUGGGGCGCCGAGGUGCUCGCUGGUGGCGCCGCCGGUGGUUGCCAAGUGGUGUUCACCAACCCCCUCGAAAUUGUCAAGAUUCGCCUCCAGGUGCAGGGAGAGGUGGCCAAGAGUGUGGAGGGCGCGCCGAAGCGGUCGGCCAUGUGGAUCGUGCGCAACCUCGGCCUGGUCGGCCUUUACAAGGGCGCGUCGGCAUGUCUGCUCCGAGAUGUGCCGUUUUCGGCCAUCUACUUCCCGACCUACUCCCACCUGAAGCGGGACGUCUUUGGGGAGUCGUCGACCAAGAAGCUCGGCGUCCUCCAGCUCCUCACGGCUGGUGCCAUUGCCGGCAUGCCCGCGGCAUACCUGACCACGCCGUGCGACGUCAUCAAGACCCGUCUUCAAGUCGAAGCGCGUAAGGGCGACACCACCUAUACGGGACUGCGGCACGCGGCCAAGACGAUCUGGAAGGAGGAGGGCUUCCGUGCCUUCUUCAAGGGCGGGCCCGCUCGUAUCUUCCGUUCGUCGCCGCAGUUCGGCUUCACGCUGGCCGCCUAUGAGCUGCUGCAGAGCGUGCUCCCGUUCCCGGGCAAGCAGUCCGAGGCCAAGGUGGCAGCGGGCGUCGCGGAGGCGAUGUCGAAUCUCAAGGAAAAGGCCGUCGACAGCCCGUUCUACCGGUCCCGCAACGCUCUCAAGAUCCUGCUCGACUUGGACGAGCACUUUGGCCGCACACCGCUGGGGCCCAAUUCACGCGGCUGGAAAUCGCUGCCGGGGUGGAUGAACGCAAAGACGGCGUAGGAGGACAGUAGUAUUAAUACCCGGGUUGGUGGUGGCAACACACGAGGGUCGCACGCACGGAGCUCGGCCGGCCGGAUGAGCGGCUUCGGUACCU